AUGUUCAUCAAGGACCUCAAUCUGCAGUUUCAGCACCGUUUUUCUCACUUGGAUUUAAGGGCAGAAGAAGUGAGACUGUUUCAAAACCCAUUUGAAGCCCAGAUGAACUAUAGCUGCCAGCACGAUCUAUGGUUAGGUGUAGUCAGCAUUGACCCCCGACCUUUGGUGACCCUAAACUUUGGACUUCAGGUCAUGUGUGACACAAUGUCAGACGGUGGAGGAUGGACCAUUUUCCAAAGACGUGUUUCUGGGUCUGUACAUUUUUACAGAAACUGGACGGAAUAUAAAAAUGGGUUUGGUGAUUUUACUUCAGGUAAUUUUUACCUGGGCAAUGAGAAUAUUUAUCUUUUUACGUCAAAAAACAAAACAGAACUGAGAGUUGAUUUAAUCUUCAAUGAUAUACAUUAUUUCGCCAAGUAUUCCAGCUUCAACAUUUCAAGUGAAGCAGAUGGCUACAGGCUAUUUGUUGGUGGUUACACAGGAAAUGCCACAGAAGCAUUGAUUUACCACAAGGCUAUGAAAUUUACAACAUUUGACCGAGACAAUGACUAUAGCACCGAUAAUUGUGCACAAUAUUGGCACGGAGCGUGGUGGUAUGAUAGCUGCUACUGGUCUAACCUUAACGGUGUAUGGGGUGCUACUAAUCUAACAGGUAUCGUCUGGGACCAGAAGUAUAAAUCAUCAUUCAGUGAAAUGAAAUUUAGAUCAGUUUAAUAUUUCUUAAAUUUUAAAGC